AUGUUGGACGAAGAGCUAAAAAUAUUCAAAGAAUCGCAGAACAAGGCCAAACAAAGUCUACCUCUGAAAAGCCGAUUGUUGGACUCGCUGUACGAAAGCGAAAAAAAAUUUUCAGAGGAUGACUCGUUUGAAGAAAUCCGUCAUCUGGUGAUCUGCGGCGAAAAGUGCUUGGAUAUCCAUCCACAAGAGCCAUGGCCACAGCCCAUACACCUGUACCAGCCCUACGAGGUCGAGCAGAUUCUAUUACCUGACAAUGCCAAUUGCCUGGCCGUUCAGGCAUACCUGAAAAUGUGCAACCUUGAUUUUCAAAUAGAGCCCAGGUGGAAUGCCGAGUUCAUGUCGCCUUCGGCCAAAGUUCCUUUCAUCAAGUGCGGAGCGUUCGUCGUCUCUGAAUUCGAUAAUAUUGUCUCGUUUCUCAAUAGCAAAGGCACAAGUUUAUCUGAAAAUCUGUCACAGGAAGACAAGGUCAAUGUGAGGGCUUACAUGUCUUUGGUCAACAAUGUAUUAUACAAUGCGGAGUUGUACAUAUGCUGGUGUCACAGCGAAACUUACAAAAGUAUCACAAGGGAUCGACAUGGUAGUGUUUACCCAUGGCCCUUGAAUCACCUUCUCAAUUGGCAGAAGAAAAGUCAAAUUACUAAGAGAUUAAGUAUUCUGAAUUGGAUGGAUAAGUCAUUGGACAAGGUGUACGAGGAGGUUAACAAAUGCUGCGAAGCAUUAUCCGAGAGGCUAGGUGACAAAGAUUACUUCUUUGGAGACAACCCAAAUCAGUUGGAUGCCUUGGUGUUCUCACAUGUCCAUGUCCUGACAACGUCAACCCUCCCAUCACCACCUGUUCAAGACAUAGCGACAAUUAUCCGCAGAUAUCCACGCCUCAUAGAUCAUGCCUAUUCCAUAAAUAAACGUUAUUUUGAUCGCACACCUGACCUAAGCACUGAUAGUUUUGAGUUACUGAGUAUUUCGUCUGAUGAAUCCAUCAUAAAGCCUAAUGAAUUGGAUGCCUUAGUAUUUGGACACAUAUUUAGCAUAAUAACGACGCCACUCAAUGGCACCCACCUGGCUAACAUUGUAUCCAAACAUACGACUCUCAACAAACAUUGCAGAAAUAUUGAGGAUAGGAUCAACGAAUGUACAAAUUUGAAAUUCAUUUCGAGAAUUUCGCAAAAUUUUUAUACUGUGGUUCACUUGCAAUUCCAUGAUAUUUAUGCAUACGCGGUUAUAAGUUCAUAA